AAGCGGAAGUCCAGGGGUCACCCGUCAUUUCCUUUAGUGAGAGGAGCGCAACGGCUCUCUUUUUCCUUUGCUCGGCUGAUAUCUCAGCAUGAAGGAGGUAAAGAGCGAGCGGGAGCGAGGGAGCCGACGGAGGCACCGCGACGGGGACAUGGUGGCGGCGGCGGCGGUGGUGGUGAAGGUGAAGCAGGAGCGCCUCAGCCCGGAAGCCGCGCCUCCCGCCCACCGCCGCCCAGAUUCCUCUGGCGGUAGCGCGUCCCCGCCGGCCGGCGAGCCGGGCCGCCCUGGUCACCGAGGGAACCGAGCCCGAGGAGGUAGCCGGUCCCCAGCCAAAAAGAAAAACAAGUCCUCAGGGAGAAGAAGCAAGUCUCCACGAAGUAAGAGAAGCCGAAGCCCUCACCACUCGACAGUCAAAGUGAAGCAGGAACGCGAGGAUCAUCCCCGGAGAGGACGGGAAGAUCGGCAGCACAGGGAACCAUCAGGCCAGGAACACAGGCGAGCUAGGAACAGUGACCGUGACAGACACAGGGGCCAUUCCCACCAGAGGAGAAGCUCUAAUGAGAGGCCUGGGAGUGGGCAGGCUCAGGGACGGGACCGAGACAUUCAGAACCUCCAGGCUCAGGACGCAGAGCGGGAGUUUUACAAUGCCCGACGACGGGAGAAUCGCCAGAAGAACGAAGUUAGUGCCGGCGGUAAUGAGCCUCAGGAGUUGGCUCCCCGACCUGGUGGCAACAGUAAGGACAAAGAGGCGCCCGCUAAAGAAAAGCCAAGCUUUGAACUUUCUGGGGCACUUCUUGAGGAUACCAACACUUUCCGGGGUGUCGUCAUUAAAUACAGUGAGCCCCCAGAAGCACGGAUCCCCAAAAAACGGUGGCGCCUCUACCCCUUUAAAAAUGAUGAGGUGCUUCCCGUCAUGUACAUCCAUCGGCAGAGCGCCUACCUCCUGGGCCGGCACCGCCGCAUAGCGGACAUCCCAAUCGAUCAUCCCUCCUGCUCAAAGCAGCACGCGGUCUUUCAGUAUCGGCUUGUGGAAUAUACCCGUGCUGAUGGUACAGUUGGCCGAAGGGUGAGGCCCUACAUCAUUGACCUUGGCUCAGGCAAUGGAACAUUCUUGAAUAACAAGCGCAUUGAGCCACAGAGAUACUAUGAACUAAAGGAAAAGGACGUACUUAAAUUUGGGUUCAGCAGCAGAGAGUAUGUCCUGCUUCACGAGUCCUCUGACACCUCCGAAGUAGACAGGAAAGAAGAUGAGGAUGACGAGGAGGAGGAGGAAGUAUCUGACAGCUAGCAAACUAAGAACCAACCCAAACUCUGGAGAGACCUCUUCUUUCUUUGAAGGUUUUGGGAUUGACUCAGAGAGUACAAGGGUGCUCUCUGUAAUGCCUCUUAUUGCCUUAAGUCUUUCCUCUGUUGCUGACCAGCCUAUGUUCUAGUAUAAGAAAACUGACCUAUGUUCGGUUGAACUUUUUCCUGUGGCGCAUCAGCCACUCGCCUAUGGGCAUUUGUUUUCAGAACAGUCUCACCAACACAUCGUGUUUCAGUAGAAGCAUUGUGGCUUUAGUUGGUGCUUCCAGAACUGCUGCCUAGGAGACUAUAAACCCUUGGAUAAAGGGGAACUGUGGCUUGUUCUCUUUGUACAGUUACUUUAUUUAUAUAGCUGUUAAGCUUCGUGGACUGGGUUUGUUUUUGUUUUGGGGGCAACCCCCUGAACAGAGAAUCUUACUAAGCUUUGGUUGUCACCAAAACAGCCUCCAGUAUAUACCAAAGCUUUGACCUGGUUGAGCUCUUGAGUCACAGAAGUUGAUUUUUGCACUUCAUUUUGGGGGGGGAGGGGUGGGAAUGUACCACAUGACCUCAUUAUUGAUUAUUGGACUUGAACAGAUGCUUUAUGGAACCUGCUUCAGCAUGGACUGUAUAGGAAGGUCCUGGCUUCUGCCAGUGGGUGCUGAUGUAAUGUCACAAGAAGCUGAACUGGAGCAUAGAUCUGUUUCUUGUGAAGAGUUCUGAUUUCUCCAUAGAGCAUGUACAGAACAAUUUUGAUCAUCUGUUCAACUUUGCAUUUUCAUUCAAAUGUUAUCUCCUUCCUUCUUUGCAAAACAGUGUCAGUUUCGUAGCAGGGUCCUUGCUUUAUUCUAACAACAUAUGUAUAUGUCUAAAGGAGGUUGUGUAGUUUACACAUUUCAUCUUUUCAAAAACUGUUCAGAGAGGUUGUAUUUAUCUUCCCAAGGCCAGAAAGCAAGGGAAUUGCCCUGUUUCCUAAUUUUCCACCAGAGGAAUAUGUGUAAGUAGCAGAGUCCUAACUACUUGCAUAUAUCGUGUGUUUGUGCGUAUGUGUGUAUAUAUAACAUUGCGUGUGAAAGAGCUGCAUAUUGAUUUUCAUAUGGGAAUGUUUUGUGACGUAAAUGUAAUACUACAUUAUAGGCAAAGGCCUCCCUGCAUUUGAAGAGCAGGUUUUCAUUUAUAUGUAUUUUUGGGAUAAAAAAAUAACAAUAAUAAAAUUUGUAAAUACAGCCCCAUUUCAAAAGGUUAUCCUUUCCUAGCAUAGAGGGCCUUGCGUUUAUAGGGCCAUUUGCAGCUAUGGGAAUCUUAGUAUUUGCGAGGUAAAAAUAGCUAGUUGCAGGGGCUGACUUGGGAGGGGCAGGGGUGACACCAGGAAGAGUGAACUUGGGACCAGCAGCAGCUCUGCAAGCCAGACCCUCACAUGUCAGCGAGUGAGUGCUAGUCCUGUUGAAGCAGCAGUGUUUUCUGAAUUGGCAGUGAAGGGGUUUUCCUUUCCAGAACAGUCUGUUGGGGCAGGUUAUACAUGGCAGGUCUUGCCCCAGUUGACCCCUGUCCCUGCUCUGUUGCCCUCAGGUGGUCACCUGGCGGGAGAAAGGAGCGGCAAUGCAACUUGGUGCUGCCGUCUGCCUUCCUCUUUGAAAAGUAUGAUGUUGUUAGAUUGUCUUCUUCACCAUUGUUUUUCCGUUGAGGUCCCACCUACCCAUGUGGACUUGGGGCUAAGUGCUGACUAGUGUGGAGGAGGGACAGCUGACUAACAUUUAUGCAAAAGAAAGGAGAUGUUCCCUUUAAAGAGUGAAUACGAAAGGAGGUCAGUUAGAUGUAGGGAAGCUCUAACAACGAAAGAGCAGUUAGCAUUCCCUCCGCCAUGUGCUCCACCCUGGCCCCUGGCCACGGUAACUGCUACCUUCCCAACUUUCCUAUCUGCCAUAGACCCCUAAUUGCACCUGUGCCUGUCUCAAAGGUAAGUUUUGUUUUGAUGGAUCCAAACUGAUGGCUUUCUCUUGCUGGGAUUAGGCAAUAACCUGGCCUCCAGGGCCUCCUGUUCAGUUUGUGCUCCUACUACUGCUUCUAGGUAGCCUUGGGCUUCGCUGGAAACACCAUCGUGCUGGGCAACAUGAUAGAUGACCACUUUGCCUAUGUUCUUCAAGAAGGGGUCCCAAUUGUGAAGUAAACUUGCUUUAGCAGAGGAAUAACUUUCUGCAUUCAGAGAUUCUUGAUGCCAAAUAUCUGGGCAUCCUUUUGAAUUUUAAUUCCUUUAAGCCUGGGUGGCUUAGGUGGUUGUCUGACUCUUGAUUUUGGCUCUGAUCAUGAUCCCAGGGUCAUGGGCUUGAGCCCUACGUCAGGCUCCACACUCAGCGUGGAGCCUGCCUGGGAUUUUCUCUCUCUCUCAAUCUCUCUCUCUCCCACUGCCCCUCUCUCUUUCUGUCUCUCUCGAGAGACCCGGCCCAUCUCUAAAACCAGAUAUCACCAGCGGACUUCUCAUUUGAAGUUGACAUAAUCCUAAAGCUUUCCUCUUGCAACUUCUUUAUUCUCCACCUUGGCUGCAAAUCAUCGCUGUCAAAAUCAAGCCAUCUGCAAAACAGCCCUUUGUUUCUGAGCCCCUCCCCUAAAUCCUCUCUGAUGAUCUACAGUUCUGCUGUGGUAUAGGACAGAAUCUGCAGAUUUUCCCCAUCAAGCCUCUCCCUAGGCCCCUAGUUCCCUAUUAGUACAUGGACAAAGGACCCCUCGCUCGUUGAGUGCACCUGGUGAUGUAGCUUUCAAAUACUUUGAUUGUAACCUUGUGAUAAGUAAAAGAGUAAUCAAUUCAGAUAACUGGAGUUGUAUUCUUGUAUGGAGUAUGCCAGUAUACAAUAGAGCUUGAUUUUAAAAGGCUUACAACUGAAAUACAGAUUUCAGGUUGAUAAUUAUUUGAUACGGUGCACAGAUGGUUAUAUUUUUUAACAUCCUCCCUUUGUGGAAAUUAGUUGUGGUGUGGAUGUGGGGAAUGUGAUGAGAUGAUGGCAUGUUAGUGAAAGCCUAAGCGGGGCACACAUACAGCACGCCAGCAGUGCCUGCUUGUGUGAUGGCGUUCUGAGCCCACAACAUUCCUGCGUUUGUGCGUUUGUACAGGUGAGAAACCUGCUUGACUUAAAUUAAAGCUUUGCAAGGUAAAGCUUCAUCUGGUCUCUUGGGUAAAGUUUCCAUUUAUUGAAUGGGAAACAGUUGAAAAAGACCGUUGAUUUGCUCACAUUUACUCCAAAGUUGAAGUGAGUUAAUCCAACAAACAAUUGCAUAAGCAUACUAUGCUAACAGUUGGUUUACAAUUGUGAGUUAGAAACGGCAGUCAUUUGGAGGUGGGCUGUACCUUGUGUGAGACUUGGCAUUUGAGGUGUGCCUUAGAGCACAGGUUGAUUUGGAACCCAGUAGUAGAGGUUGGCAUUGUUUCAGACUGAGCAGUCCAGGGGACAGCAGGACUGGAACGGAGUAUGUAGAAGGAGUCCUGUAAAAUGAACCUGUUUACCUGAAGUCCCACAGCCAGGCAGGGGUAGAGCUAGGAUAAGAAAUCACCUCCGUCCUGGUUCAGUGGUCAUUUUCUCUAGACUGUUCCUCCUGCCUCCCUAACAGUGCUUAGUAGAUGGAUUUGGAAAAGACAACUGGUUUAUUAGGCUGCUUGAUUCGUAGUGGGUUCAAAGAUACCACAAUGAAUGAGCCUUUCAGGGGUAGAGAGUGGCUCAGGAAAAUCUUAACCUCACCACGUCAGAGCUGCUCGGAAAUCAUCAUGUUCAUUCAUAAAAAUAUACAGGCAUUCAAUAAUCAGGUGUCUAACAAGUGCCAUGAGCCAAUACUUCAAUAAGGAGCACUUUCUAUGUACAAGGCACAAUUUUAACCAUUUUCAUAAGCAUUAACACAUACACUGACAUCCUAUAACCCUGUGAUGCAGGCUUGUGUUAUCCUAUUUUGCAGAUGCAAAAACUGAAGCACAAAGAGGUUAAGGUCGCACUGGGAUUCAAACCCAAUCUGGUUCCAGGUGCCACACUCUUAGCCACUGUGAUACACUGCCUUUUGAAUAGUUGUGAAAUGUAUAAGGUCUGGCCAUUGCAGAGCAACAUAACCAGCAGCUACAGGCUACUAGAUAGGAGAAGAAUUGGGGAUUGUGGAAGCAUAGUGGAAUGGGAUUUAACAAAGCCCUGGGAGUCAGGGAGGUAUGAGCAGUUAGCCAGAAGAGGUCAGUGGGGUUGAGGAGAGAAAGGAAUAUUUCUAGGCAGACAGACUGGCACUUAGAACUGCCUGAGGUGAUAAACUAAUGAGGUUUUGGAAGCAUUCGAAGUUCAAUAGGGGAAACAGAUUUCUGGUGUCUGUUCAUGAUGAACUAACUUGUUUGUUUGUUUUUUAACUCUCCUGCUGCAAGAAGCCGAAACCUCUGGAUAAAAUAUAAGCAAAAAAACUUCUGAAAGCAUCCAAGAACGGACAAAUUAGUAAAAAUGUUUUCAGGCCGCAAGUGAAGAAAAACAAGAAUCCAGGGAAAAAUGGAGCACAGGUGCCUGGAAACCACAUUUGAUCUAAAGGCAAACCACAUUUGAUUUCAGCAAAUCAGACCUUACCCUAGGUUGAAUGGGACAGAAUCAAAAUCCAGAGUCCACAUACGAUGGAUAGACUGUUAGAAGAUGUUUCCCCCAAAAAGCUGGCAUGCCAAAGGGCUAUCCUUGUCACAGUAAAAGAGGUGAUCAGAAAUCAAAUCCUCCCAGGGACUUGCAGCCUGAGAGCUCAGAAAAAUUCAAGCCUUGAACUUGGUUUAAGAUAGACCCUGUACUAUUGAUGCCUUCCGGUGUAUGAUAGAAGAAAUGAAAUUACUUUUUGGAGGAAGGGAUUUUUUUCUUUAUCUCCCCUCCCGUUCUUUCCACACUCUUUUCCCACGGAGAUAGAAUUACUUUUUUAAAGCAUAAAAGAAAAGGUACUGUAGGUGAGAACCAACAGGAAUAACAAACUGGUUCUCAGAAGAGUUUAGAUACUUGAUUGAAGAUACUAUAAAAUGUUCAUGGUUACUGUUUUCAAAGAAACAAAUGGUAACUUGCAAAUUCAGGGAGUAAGAAAUGGCAAAAAGUGAAGUGGAAAACUUUUGAAAGACCAACCAAAACUUUUAGAAAUGAGAAAUACAAUCUGGAAACCCAUCAGUGGAUGGCUUUAACAGAAGCUUCAGGGAGAAUUAGUGAACCGGAAGAUAGAAAUUAUCCAGGCAUAUAAAUUUAACAAAUCACAUGGGCCAAUAUCUCAAACACUGUAAAUUACCAAAAUUCACCUGAUAGGAAAUAGAGCAUCUGAAUAGUCCUAUAACUAUUUAAGAAACGGAAUUUAUAAUUUAAAAAGUUUCCAAAAAGAAAAAUCCAGGCCUAGAUGGUGAUGGUUUCACUGAAGACAUCUACCAAAUUUGAAGAAGAAUUAGGACCAUUCUAUACCAUCUCUGCCAGAAAUUAGCAUAUCAGGCAAUACCUUCUUAACUCAUUUAAUGAGGACAGUAUUACUUUGCUAUUGAAGCCAGAUAGGAGAUACCAAAAAGGAAGAGAGAGAGGCAGAGAAAAAGAAAAAAACCCUACAGACUAUUAUCCCAUAAAUUUAGCCAUAAAAAUCCUGGAUAUUCUAUUAGCAAAUUGAAUCCAGCAUACAUAAAAAGAACUAUACAACAUGGCCAAGUGAGGUUUAUUCCACGUAUGCAAGACGGCUUCAACCUACAGAAAUAAAUCUAUAUAAUCCACUAUCCCAAGAGGCUAGAGGAAAAAAAUCAUGAUCAUGUCAACUGGACGUAGAAAAAAGCAUUUGACAAAAUUCAAUACCCGUUCGUGAUAAAACUAUCGGUAAACCAGGAGUAGAGGGGGAACUGUCUCAAUUUAAUAAACAGCUUCUACAAAAAUCCUACAGCUAAUGUACUUAAUGGUGAAAGACUGAAUACUUUCCUCCUAAAAUAGGGAAUGAGUCAAGGAUGUCCACUAUGACCACUCUUACAACUGGAAGUCCUACCUAGCAAAGUAAGACAAGAAAAAGAAAAGCAUACAAAUUGGGAAGGGAAAAAUAAAAGCCCUUAUUUGCUGAUGAAAUGAUUGUCUAUGUAAAAAAUCCUAAGGAAUCUACACUAAAACCCUCCUAGAAUUAAUAGGGGAGUCUGGCAAGAUUUCAGGUUACAAGAUCAACACACAAAAGAAAUUAUGCAUAAUGCAGCAGAGAAAAAAGAUGGGGAAAAACACAGUGGGUUAACAAAAAUAAAGGAUUAUUAGGUUUAAUCCGAGUUCCAGAAGGAGAGGAAAAUGAGGCAGAGGAAUAUCUGAAGAAAACAAGCUGAGAAUUUCCCAGAACUAGUGGAAGAUACCAAUCCACACAGACUGUAGAAACCCAAAGACUCCCCCCACCCCCCCAAAAUCCCAUUCAUGAUAGUGAAAUUGCAGAACCUUGAAAAAUGGGGAGAGUGGAGGCUGGUGAAGUAAGCAAGGGCCAAAGGAAAACAAAGUUAAAGAUACAGGAAUUAAUGAUAAAAACGAGUAUUUGCAUAAUCGUUGUUACUUGCCGAGCCCCUACGUGAAGGGAUUUACUUCUCCCGGCAAGGGUACUGGGUGGGUACUAUUAUUACCUCCAUUUUACAGAUGAGGGAUUUUGACUAGCGAAAUGUAGUUACUUGCCCCAAAUGGCACAGCUAUCAAUGGUAGAGGCAGGAUUCUGAACGAGGUAGUUCUGGCUUUGGCUUGUGAUUUUAACCACUACCCAAACUGGUCUCUCUAAAGGGCAACGGGAAGCCAUUGAAAGAUUCUAACCAGGGGAGUGACACCACACCUGCUUUCCAAACACUGAUCCCCUCCGCACCACUGUGGAUAAGGAUCAAAGAGAGCUAAGGGUGGAAACAGGAGGCUGCGGGGAUAAUGGGGCCAAACACAGGGCCUGGACGAAGGCGAGGUGGCAGACAAAGCAAGUGAGCUGCUGGCUCUUCCGGAGGCGAGUCCUCAGGACUCGGGGUUUUGCACGGGAGAGGACAGCGACGAUGGUAUUCACGUUUCCCACUUGGGCAGUUCGGCGGACAGUGAAAGUCGUUCACUGAGGUGACCUGCCAGGAGUCUGGUUUUGGACAAAGUGAAUUUGUGGUGUCUGUGACGCCCUGCCGGCCACCGAGGGGGUCCAGAGCGGCUAGGACCCAGAGCAAGGCCCACCGCCGUCCCGUCCAGGCGGGGCGCGCGCGAACCCGAGGCCCCCGACGCGGCGCGCCGCGCGGCUCCGGAAACCGCGCGCG